CUAUCAGCGCCCAGUCGCUGUUUUCUAUACUGCCUGCUGGACCAGUAAGAUGGAGACGGAGAGUUGUUUGCCUUUCUCUUCACAGACCAGCAGGAGGACGCCCGAAAACUCACCGAGACUGGAGCACAGCGGCUCAGGCUCCUUUCUCUCCUGCGAUGAACUCCAGAAACCCUCUCAUCUUCCUCCUCCUCCUCCUCCUCCACCUCCUCACCGUCUCAGCCUGCGCGGGGAUCUGUACGCUGCGGCCAUGGGGAGGUUUGGUGAGGCUGCGGUGGACUUUACGCACGGCCCUGCCUCAGCGAACCCGUCCGGCACCCCGUCCAAACACAGCAAGUUCUUGGAGAGUAUAAACCAGGAUCAAAAGGGGACAGCGAUAAGCGGCAAGCCGGCGUUUUAUGAAAACAACUCGGAAGUCAGAGAGAAAGGCGAUCCAAAGACCAUGGGCUAUCCUGGCAUCGUCACAGACUGUUGUGGCAAGCUGAAAGAGCCAGGCAGUGGUUUACAAGGGGACUCUAUCGCCGACUCCAUUGACUUAUCGGGCAAGAAUAAAAAGCGGCGCAAUCGCACCACUUUCAGCACUUUUCAGCUGGAGGAACUUGAGAAAGUAUUUCAGAAGACACACUACCCUGACGUGUAUGCCCGGGAGCAGCUGGCCUUGAGGACCGAGCUCACCGAGGCUCGGGUUCAGGUUUGGUUCCAGAAUCGUAGAGCCAAGUGGAGGAAACGGGAACGCUAUGGGAAGAUCCAGGAAGUCCGCAACCACUUUGCUGCUACAUAUGAUAUCUCUCUUCUCCCUCGGCAUGAUACAUACCAGAUGCAGGGAAACCUGUGGCCCGGGGGGGCUUCAGGAGGAGGCGGUGGUUCAGGAGCUGGCUGUGUCCUAGGAGCGGACUCCAUUCCCUCGUCCUGCAUGGGUCCAUACUCUCACCCCCACAGCAAUCUACAGGGCUUCAUGGGCAUGCCCGCAUCCCCCAGCCAUCCCCAUCACCACCACCCGCCUCAUCAUCCGGGCAUCAACGGCCUCUAUUCACUCCACAGCUUCCCAGGAGCCCUCGGGCCCCCUUCCAUUGAGGGGCCCGAGACCGACUACAAGCCUACAGGUCUUGUGGCGCUGCGGAUGAAAGCCAAAGAGCCAGGCAGCAUCCUCUCCUGGCCUACAUGACCACAACAGUGCCAGCUCCCCAUUAUGCACUGACUGAGCCAAAGCAUAUUACAGUCCUGAGUCAUACACAGUCCCUGAUGUACGCACCCACCUCAGCAUAUGACUAAAAAAUUCCUCUUAACAUUUAUAUACGCCUAUUGGAGACUUUUCACAAUUCAGAAGAUCUUGGAAUAUAAAUUUCCUGAACGUUGAGGGCAACUUGAGCCUCUAGCACGAAAACCCAACGUACUCAUAGGAACAUAAUUGUUUGAUGUUUUAGUUUGAUAUCACAAUGCUGAGACCCAAGAGGAAAUAUUAUUUAAGCAUGUAAAAAUUUUAAUUAUCAUAUUAAUCAUGUUUUUUUGUGUCUGUUGUGCUUUAUAAUGUGAUCAGUAAUAAAGGCCUCCACCUAAA